AUGGUGGAAGCCAUCGGAUCAGGCGCGUCAGUUAUUGCUUUCCUUGGUCUUGCUGGCCAGCUCGUGCAAGGCUGCGAAUAUGUCUGUCGAACAAUUGAUCGAAUCAAGGAAGCAGACGACGAUGUCCGGGAAUUUCGAAGCGAAGUGAGCUCUCUUGAACUCAUCAUUGACAGCUUUCGCAACGUUCUUCAAGAUUUGGAAACCUCUGGUGUUCAGUUGACAGCGAGUGGUCGGAUGCAUGCAGUUCGAUCGGUUCUGAACACAGCGCAAGAAGCUGUGCAGAACCUAAUAAAGUUGAUUGCGACCAACAACUUUUCCGGGAGGAAGAGGAGUAAACUCAAGUUUGUGUUUUUAAGAGAUACCUGCGCAAACGAGAAGAUCUCUCUAGUCUCGAAUCUCGGCCAUUUUUCGAAGGUUGUCAGUACGAUCCCAGCACGUUUGGAUGAAGUACACGUUGCUGCAUGCAAUACAAAGGAAGCCAUUUCUGUAUUUAAGAAUGACCUUUUUAAAAAAAUCAAUGACCUCUGCAACGCGGUCAACGCAAUUUCAGCAUCAGAAUUCACUGCUUCCACUACCAUAGUGUCCGAAACAGCCGUUCACGUCCAUGAGGCGCUUUACAAUGCAAGUACAACAAAUAAAUCUAGCGAAAAGUUGAAAGCCACUUCAGAGGGCUUAAGGUUACUGCCAUUCAAACCGAUUUUGGGAACUGGACCUCGACGAGAAGUUGUCCAACAGCGUAUCUUAGAAAAGAAAAAUUCUCGUGCUAUUGGUAUAUUGACUGUGCAGUCUAUCAUUACAACUUUCAAUGAAUCCGACACUGAUGCUGCCAACAUACGAUCACUCACUGUCACUCAGACGAACGUGGAAUUGUUCCCAAAUCCGGAGUUACUUCAGUUGGGUAUAUAUUGCUCUAUUGUUGAGCAAGGAUUCGCUAUUUCGUCCUUUGCCCCCGAACCCGCGUUACGAGUGUACAAUAUAAUCAAUAGCAAUGCUUCAAUUGUCAACGCUUGCAUCUCUUGUAACCUGGCAGAGGUUAGAGAGCUCUUUAUAAAUGGACAUGCCUCACCAUAUGAUCGUUUGUGGGCUGAGAGAUCUCUCUUGGAACUAACACUGCGCCAAAUUAUCGAAAUUUUCAAGCAUCGAUCUAUUCCCCCGCAGCGUGGUAUCGAAGGUCUGCUGUCCGUCUUUGAGGCAAUGGUGCACCAUGGUCUGGAUCCAGGAGUGCCAAGAAUAAAGGAGGAUAGAGCUGGUCAAUCGCCGCUCAUGACCAUAGCUGCUUUGUCACCAACUUCAAAGCCAGAUACUGAAUUGCUGCUGCAUUUAGCGCGAACCAUAAUCAAGAAUAGUACCCUCGCUCCACUUCGAGAACAUGGCUUGGAGAACUUGGAUUGGCAAGUGCAAAUUGAUGGAUUUAAACGUCCCGUUUGUAACCUCUCAAAGACCCAGGAAUUGUGGCCUCUAGCAUGA